AUGGCAACUGUCAAACUUCCUCAGAUUCCAUUGAUCACCUUGCUUUUCAGAGACGAUAAUCCUGCUCUGCACGAAUUCAAUCGUGCUCUUUCCAAUAUCGAACAAUAUUAUGAUCACAUCCCGGCUGCAAUGAAAAUUGAGUCGCUUAGAGACUUGUUUGUCAUGCACCCAGACCGAACUUUCGCACGCUUGGAGAAAGCAUUUGAAAUCCUAAGAUCCAAUCACCUCUCUGCGCCAAUCGCAGAGCAGAUCUUCAAAAGUAUUGUGAUACCUCUUGUGGAUGUGGAGGAAACGACACUCUCUCUGUGCCAAUCAGUCAAACUCGUCAGUGCGGCCCUGCCGCUUGUCACCGAAAGUCCAGCCUCUUAUCUUAAGCAAAUUGCUACGAUGUUGUUAUCUUAUGAGCCACUACUUCUACGCCUACUGGCUGAUGAGAAAUAUUGUCUGGUUCUGAAAAAGUGGCUGUCUUCCAAGCGAACCUACCUUGACGACAUUCGUUACAUGGCCAUAACAGAAAUUCUUUUCAACAUGUGCGAUGCGUGCAUUGCUGAUCAUAACAUCAACCAGGCACAUGAGAGGUGGAAUCAAGCUAGACACCUCAUUCAAGAUCUCCAACAGGAAAUUCAAGUCGCAGAGGAGAAAAGCAAAAUGACGAAGUCAAAAGAAAAUCUCCCUCCGGUUAGAUCGAUGAAAGAGCUCAGCGUGGAUGACAAAAAAACCAAUGUGGCUCGCCGUGAAUCCUCAACCCGUUUUGUGGUACCGGAAUUCAUACAAAAGGCGCUGGAGGAGCUUUCAAUUCCUAAGCACAUUUCGGAGGAUUUUGAUUUCAACACCCCGAUUGAGAUUGAGAUUUUCGGGAAACGGAUUGGACCUUGGAAAGUCGUGUUGUCAGAAUCUGCAAUGAAAAGUGCGAAGAGAAUUGCCCGUGCAGGAGAAUUUGUUCAAGUCGAUCAUAAGCUGCGCCGCUUAGCUACCGGAAAGUGGACGAAACUUUCUCAGUGCGUGGGAACGGGAAAGCAGCGCCAGCAGAUGCGAGUUCCAAUUGUCCGAGCUCAUGUAAAUGACUCGGUGUCGAUCAUAUGGCAAGUGGACGUGGGCUACUAUGAAGAGCUUCCGUUUGUUCAACAACAAAUUGUGAAAGUGUGGAGAAUUGCGACAACCGUUGAAGAGAUCAACAAUGCUAUCGAGCAUAUCAUUGAAGUUCAGGAUGGCUACUGUGAUGAGAUUGUAAUAAUUUGCAAAGAUGCCCCAACACGACAGCCUGACGGUACCAGACUUCCUAAACGCUACGAAGCGGUUAAUCGAGGCGUUUCGCACACAAAGCGAGUUCUGAAUUCAAUGGCUGGUCAGGUAGUACUCGAGAUUUCCAAUCGCUUCUACAAUGUGACCGAGUCGUUUCUUCAGAGAAUUCAAGAAACCACCGGCCAAGAGGAAUUUCCGUUUGACUUGUCUCCCGAAGAAUGGGAGAUUAUCAGUCAUUACGGUAGCGCCAGUCUGAUCCUCGGUAGAAGUGGAACUGGCAAGACAACUUGUCUUCUGUUCAAAAUCCUCGCAAAAUACCAAGCAGCGCGGAAGAUUCCCGGCUCUCACUAUCCUCGGCAGCUUCUUUUAACUCGAUCUCCAUUUUUGGCCGCCAAACUCCAGACUUACGCAAGGAGUUUGAUAGCCACUCAAUGCGGUGGCACUCUGGUAGUGGAUUCGACUGACGCGGACAAGCCCGUUUCAUUCUUUGCGAUCAAGGAUGAAGAUUUCCCGUUUGUCUGCCCAUAUGACAAGUUUCUAGAUCUUCUCGAAAGCACUUUCAGGCGAGCUGACCGACAGGACUUUCUAGAGGACACUAACAGUACUAAGAAGAAACCUGUCUUAUCUAACAAAAGGGCUCCCGAGAUCCAGUAUCUGGACGGAACAAAAACCAUCGACUUUCACGUUUUCAAGACAGAAUAUUGGAGUAGCUUAUCGGGCCUUACUCCUCCAGCCUGCUCGGCAGAGUUACUGUUUGCAGAAAUCAUGGGAGUGAUCAAAGGCUCAAUCACUGCAGCAAAAAGCCUAGAGUCACUUACGCGUCCCCAAUAUUUGUCGAAGAGCUCAAAGAUAUCGCCCACAUUUAGCUCUGAAGGAGAUCGUCAAAAGAUAUUCGAUGCCUUCGAUCGAUACGAGCGAGUCAAGAAGGGACGGGGUCAGAUUGAUGAGCUUGAUCGCGUUAAUCUGAUUCUAAAGGAUCUCAAGUCAACUCCAGACCUCGCCAAUCUGAUUCGUCGUUGUUUCGAUGAAAUAUAUGUUGACGAAAUUCAGGAUUUACGGUGCCCAGAUGUUUUACUUCUGUUGAGUUGUCUGCGUGAUGCGCGGGGAAUUCAUUUAGCGGGAGAUACUGCACAGUGCAUAUCAAAAGACUCGGCGUUUCGUUUCCCGGAGAUCAAGGCGCUGUUUUACGAGCAUUACGAGGACAUCGUAAAGGGGCUCAACCAGCCUGAGAUAGCCAGACCGAGUCAAUUCAUGCUAGCCAAAAACUAUCGCUCUCAUCAAGGCAUCCUGAGCUUCGCCUCGUGGGUAAUGCAGCUACUUUGGAAUGGCUUCCCUGAAACAAUCGACAAACUGGAUCCGGAAGUCGGCGAGACUAGAGGCCCAAGGCCGAUGGUAUUUGCUGGGUUUGAUGCUUCCAUUCUUUCGGCAAAAAUGAUAGGCCUAGUCAAGCUUAACGACCAGGUGGCUGACUUUGGUGCUGAGCAAGUGAUUCUGGUUCGUGACGGGGCAUCAAAAGACAAACUGCAAGCCCAGAUAGGAGAAAUAGCUCUUGUGAUGACGAUCCUAGAGAGCAAGGGAAUGGAAUUCGAGGAUGUACUGGUUUACGACUUUUUCGGUGGCAGCGGUUUAAGCAGCAGCUACCGCUGCUUGCAUUUAUUGUCGUCUCCAGGGAAUGCAUUUGACUCUCAAAAGCACGCGGCGUUAUGUUCUGAGCUCAAGCACCUGUACGUUGCGGUAACAAGAGCACGUCGCCAGCUCUGGUUUAUGGAGACCACAGAAAAUGGCAUUGAUCCCAUCGUUAAGGCUCUCGAUGCCUGUGAAAGUACUGAUCUGGUGGACUGUGUCAGACAAGGCCAUAAGGAUGUCGCUGAGAAAAUCAGCGUUCUACGUGCCGGAGGCUCUGUGGAUCCUGACAGGUGGCUGAAGCGAGCAGUGCAUCUCUUACGUCAAAAGAACUAUGCAGACGCACUGUUUUGUUUCAAAAAGGCAGACGACUCUGAGGGAAUAGCACAUGCUCAAGCCUUACUAUUCGAGCAAGAUGGCCGUUCCUGUCGAGCUGCAAACAACCAAGAGGGACUUACCGAGAACUACACCAAGGCCAUAUCUCUGUUUCUUGGGAUCGGGCGUUGGUCGGAGGCUGCCAAUUGCUUCCUGGGGCUUGAAAAAUACGAUAAAGCUGCAGAACUGUGGAAGGAAAAAGAGCAACUUGACCUGGCUGCUGAGCUCUACGAAAGAGGGCACCAUUUUAGUGAAGCUUCGGCUUGCUUCCAUUCACAGAUGAAUAACCGCUCUCUUCUGAAGGCUAAUAUCUUCCUUCGAUAUUCACGGCUACUCAACAUUCUGCUGAAACAAGGCCGUAUUCAGCCAGAUCUCAGAGAGACCACGAUCAAUCUUCUUGGAAGCGACGAACAGAAAAUUGAAUUCUUCAUCGAAUUUGAGAUGUUCGAGCAACUUCGGACUUUCUACAAGGGCCAAGAGCGAUGGGUUGAAUAUUGCGAAGCAUGUCUCCUUCUAGGAGAUAUAGUGGCUGCCAUGGCGGCAGUUUACGAAUAUGACUUACUGCUACAAAUCAAGCAGAGCGUCGCAGAAAGCAUCUUGAAUUACUUCUUGGCAGAGCGUUUGCUCCACCACCCCGAAUCACUGGAGGUAGACUCUGAGUUAAACCAGACACUUAAUCAAACUGCAAAGGGCACUUUUCUGGAAAAGACUUUGAACCAGUGGUCAAUUGCAUUCCAAUUUGUGAGAACCCGCUCAGCUCAAGAAGGACAACUCAAUAUCAAAUCAUUAGAGGUCGGCUGGCUGAAAGACUUCAUUUCUCUAUUCCUCAUCGUCACCAAUGUGAAUCGCUUCAACACCAGAGAGGGCAGCAAAACCAGUUCAUCUCCCGAAGAAAUCAUCGCUGCUAGUAAAGUUGUCGAAAAUCUGGAAUCACGGGAUGCCAGCACGGCUAAGUCUCUUCUGCUUCUCUUGGGUAUUUACUGUCACCCGGACAAGCCUUCUCAAAUCAAAAUGCUUGGCUGGUCACCUGUCCAGAGAGUCAUUCGCAUCACGGGUGCGACCCAAGAGGAGUUGCUCCGAUUAGGAAAGGGAUGGGUUCGAGAGGUGUUCUCAGAUGCAUUUAAGGAGUUCAAUCAAUUGGCAUUGGAUACCGAAAAGCGAUGCUUUAACAAACCAUGUCUCUACUUUAUCAUGAGAGAAUUCUGCCGGAAACGCAGAUCUGGGGAAUGUUCGUUUUUUCACGAGACGCCAGACACCGAUCAAUGUCAAGCCAGAAUAGAUUUUCUGGUGGAAAUCGUGCAAGUAUUUGCCAAAGUUUCACCACUCUAUGCGCAACGUCUGAUGCCAGCGCUUACGUUCAAAUCGAAAUUUCUUCCGCGCAAGCGGUACUGGGUACAGAGCCUAGCUGCAGAGUUGGCUUUCAUCAGUUCAGCGGAUCAAUCCCCAAUGGUGAUCAUGAAAACAAGGAACAAACUCAUCAAUGAUGCUCAAUGGAAGCCCACACUUGCCGCACUUGAGGAUCUUUUAUAUCAUUUGAUGAGCAAAGACUGGCGCAAUCUGCACACAUUUACCGGUAUCCUGGAGCAACUCCAGCUAGUCCAAACACUAGGCAGUGAGGUUUAUUUUCGCUAUCGCCGGAGCAUUUUCGGAAAGAUGAGGAGUGUUCUGCAGAACAAUCCAAGUCCCACCUUUCCGCUAAGACUUUCUAGUGACGCUCUGGAGCAAAUUCGCAAACUUCAUUUGGCUAUGAACAAGUACAAAUCACAGGAUUUUCUCAACGAAAUGUCAAUCUUACUUGAGAUAAUCGAGGAAAUGAUACCAGAAUCUCUGUCCCACCUCUAUUCUCUGCUCGCUUUCAUAGAGCUUGCUUCGACAUACAUUAAUAAGGCCAUUUAA